AUGGUUAUCUUAAUUGUCAAUUUGACUGGGUUUACCAUCGCUAUGGAAACAUACCUCUGGGUGUAUCUACAAGGGCAGUUCCAAAAAGGUUUAACCGAGGAGCCUCCAUGUCUUCCCGGGGCCAGCGUGAACGCCAUGCAGCGCCUGGUGGAGCAGCUCAAGCUGGCGGCCGCCAUGGAGAGGAUCAAGGUCUCUCAGGCGGCCGCAGAGCUUCAGCAGUACUGCAUGCAGAACGCCUGCAAGGAUGCGCUGCUGCUUUGUGUCCUAGCUGGAAGCAACCCCUUCCGGGAGCCCCAAUCCUGCGCUUUACUGUGA